ACCAAAUAAUUCGAUUGCCACCUUAAUUUUAUUCCGAAUGCUCGGCCCAAAAAAUAAAGUUUUUCUAACGCAUAAAAACCUAGGCUCCGAGCCCAUAUUCACAAAUUACAGAUUUUCACACUACAUUCUAUCAUCUCAUGUUUCAUCCACCCAAAAUCAGCAACAUCACCCCCUUCAAAAAUACUAAUCCAAAUUUUGCAACAUCAAAUUCAAACCCUUUUUCUGAAUUCCAAAAACAAAUUUGAAGUAAUGUUACAAUCCAUAAUUGGAGCAAGCAGUAUAACACUCCUGAGUGCAGUGUCAUGCAAAGCAAAGGGAAGAACAAGCUCCAAUGGCAAUGGCAAGGUCAAAAUAGUAAAAGUGUUGGAGAGAGAAAAUAGGAAACAAAAAAAUGGUGGGUUUGGAGAUAAGAAGAAGGAGGAGCCUUUGUGGCAAUGUGUAAAACAAUGUGGGGCCUGCUGUAAGCUUUCUAAGGGUCCCAGUUUUGUCACCCCUGAAGAAAUUUUUGAGAACCCUUCUGAUAUUGAGCUUUAUAAAAGCUUGGUAGGUACAGAUGGAUGGUGCAUCCACUUUGAUAAGAGCACGAGGUCAUGCUCUAUUUAUGACGACCGGCCAUAUUUUUGCCGUGUGGAGCCAGAAGUCUUCCAGAAUCUGUAUGGAAUUACCAAGAGGAAAUUCAACAAGGAAGCUUGCAGUUUUUGUAAGGACACAAUCAAAUCAAUUUAUGGUGCAGAUUCGGAAGAGUUGGAUAGGUUCAACAAGGCUAUAAGAAGCUGAAAUUUCUAGUGCCAAAAGCCUGAAAUGAUGUUGCCAUAUUAUGUGAUUACGAGAAUACGAGGUCAGUCUUCUCCUUUGAACAUGUUUAUACACAAGGUAUUUUUCAUUUAGUAAUUAUCAUCGUGUGUAUACACAAGGUAUGAUCUCCAUGGAAAAUGUUGUGAGGGUAAAUUAGAAAUUCACUGAGGUCAGAGUCCUUCAGAAUGCAUCAUAAGGAGUCUGCCUGAAUCAGUUAACCUUUUAAGAGUUAUACUGCCUGGGAUAAUCCUUUGGCCUUUGAUUCUGAAGUCAGGGAACUAUUCUUUCUAGAGAGGUUGGGGGGGGGGGGGGUAUUCCUUAUUACAGAACAUCUUAAGAUAACAGGCUUAUUAAUUUGAAGUUGAGUCCAUUAUGUGGGUAUUUUCGUUUCACUUGUAAAUUAGGCCAGGCUAAAAACCAACUCAAACAAGUUUAUGGCCAAUGGUACUGAUUUAAAUAAAAAAAGCAUUCUAAUAUUUCCUCACUUGAUUAAAAUUCUACAGUAUUUAGAUAGUUUUGAAAGAUUUGCAAGAAUGGUGGCAAUAAUCUGCAUUUCGCUCUAUGGUACGGAAGAUGAGUAUAGUUAAGGUUGAUUAUUUGAGAGUGCAGGUUGCUCUCUGCUGAUAUAAUGCUGCUUUCUGGCCAGUGAUGUGACUGAGCAGCAUAUCGAUUAAUUAUCUAAUGAGCUGUGUAUAUAAUUUCCUACAAUCAUAGACGCUGCUUGUGAAAAGCUGAAGAAUCACAGUGGGAUAGACAGCAUGCUUAAGGAUCAAUACGUGCUUUAGCAUAUAGUAAUAGGGAGCAGAUUAUUCUCCCAAUGCAAAAUAUAUGAGUAUCAAUUUUGUUUGGGCCAAAAUGGCAAGCUGAUGAUCAAUCUUAUUCAGUUAUGUCUUCAGUGUGUGACUGUAACUGAUGCUGCUAGAUUGUAAUAUUUUUGCCUAUUUAGGAAUAUUACAGUCUUGCAGAGACACCAGUGUAAAGCUAAAUAUUCAAUUUUCUAAGCAUUGGUGAUUCUGAUUUUCACCUGAACCUUUUUUUGUGAAUUUUUACUCGUUAAUAUUCUGAUUUCUGAAGUCAUUUACAUAGA